GGUGAUUGGAGCAGGCAUGGCUGGGCUCACCGCUGCCAAGAUUCUGCAGGAUGCUGGCCACCAGGUGACUGUCCUGGAAGCUUCGGGACGUGUAGGAGGCAGAAUCGAGACCCACAGAGUUCCUGGAGCUCAGUGGUACAUAGAGCUGGGUGCCAUGAGGAUCCCUGCGAACCACAGACUCUCCAGGGAGUUUGUCAGCAAGUUUGGUUUGACCCUCAAGGAGUUCUGCCCCUGUAACAAUCAGACCUGGGUACUGGUUAACAGAGUACGUGCGCGUACAGGGGCUGUGCAAAAUGAUCCUGGCCUUCUAGGCUACCAGGUGCGGGAAGAUGAGGUGGGGAAGACUGCGGAGCAGCUCUUUGAUGAAUCACUGAGGAAGGUUGUGGAAGAACUGAAGACCAGUAGCUGCAGCCGGGUGCUAGAGAAGUACGACUCCUUCUCCACCAAGGAGUUCUUGAUCCAGGUGGGGAACCUGAGCCGCGGGGCGGUGCAGAUGAUCGGCGUUCUGCUCAACGCAGACUCUGGCUACUAUGAGGCCUUCACAGAAACCCUGCGUGACAUCAUCAUCUUCAAGGAGUCUCGGUUUGAUGAAAUCAUCGGGGGCUUUGACCAGCUGCCCCAGGCCCUGCAUCAGUCCCUAGUGCCCGGGACGGUGCGGCUUCACUCACCGGCAGAGACAGUGGAGAUGUUCCCAGACCACGUCCAAGUCACCUACAGGACACGAGACCCUCUGCAGCCCACGGUGCAGCUGACUGCGGAUUAUCUGGUUGUGGCCACCACGGCCAAGGCUGCCCGGCUCCUCCGGUUCCGGCCUCCCCUGUCCCUCAGCAAGGAGGAUGCGCUGCGCUCCGUCCACUACAGCAGCGCCACCAAAGUGGGCCUGGCCUGCACACAGCGCUUCUGGGAGAGAGAGGGCAUCUUCCGAGGCAAGUCCACCACCGACCGGCCUUCCCGCUUCAUCUACUACCACAACCAGAACUUCUCCAUCCAAGGAGGGGUCCUCCUAGCCUCCUACACCCUCGACGAUGACUCCCUGUUCUUCGCUGCCAUGGACCAUAGCCAGGUGGUAGAUGUGGUCUUUGAUGACCUGGCCGCCAUCCACUGCCCCUCCAUCCACAGCUGCUCCAGCAAGGAGCUCCGGGCCCUGUGUCCCUACUCCGUGGUGAAGAAAUGGAGCCGGGACCCCUAUGCCCUGGGGGGCUUUGCCACCUUUACCCCCUACCAGUAUGGGGACCAUGCCCAGGAGCUGAGCCGUCCUGAAGGGCGGGUCUACUUUGCUGGUGAGCACACAGCCCUGCCCCAUGGCUGGAUUGACACCGCCAUCAAAUCAGGGCUCAAGGCAGCAAAGAGCAUCCAAGAGGCCGUGGACUUGGCUUCGACAGGAGACCUUGGGGUCAGGAAAGAGCCCUACCCUAAAUCCGAGCUGUAGCCAGCCUAUGGUACC